AUGCCGUCCUUCCUCGUUCGCCUCACCAACCCCAGGUUCACCUUCAAGCCCUUUGUCAAAUCGUCCGAGAAGGAAAACCCUAUGUCCCGCAUUGACGCCUUCCCCGGGCUCCUCGAGUUCCCGUGCAAGAACUGGGACGGUGUCGAUUUCCCCUACCCUGGGCCGCAAUGCACCUACCGUGAGAAGGCGAUUUGGGCUGGUCGCGCCGCCAGCAAGCGCUUUGCCUGGGCAUUUGAGAACAACGACUUCUUCUUCGUUGACAACAUUGAUUUUGCCGUUGCCGUCUUCGACAAGACCCAGGAGCUGCUCCGUUACCUCGCCCGCAGCGCCAAGGAGUGCGACAUGGCGACUACGGAGGAAUGGACCCACUUCACGGACCGGGCGUACAACGCGAUUCAGCCCCACCUCAUCUGCUUACCCCCUCCGAGGCGCUUCACUCUCAUCGACGUAUACCCUUUCGUCCGGCCUGCUGUCAAUGCCCAGUUUGAAUUUGGCACCGGUUACGGCGACCAGCCUCCCUCCGCCGCCUCGUGCCAGUUCGAUGAUCGCUGGGUUGCGCGGUACUUCCCCGAACCCCAUGACCUCCCGCUACGCUUCUUUACCAUGGAGGAGAUCAACCAGAUCUCGGUUGACGCGACCGGCUUCAUCGAGGAUAUGGGCUGGUACAACUAUAAGAUGCAGCGCUGCAUAACCCCCAGCGUGGAGGAGCAGGAGCGUCCCAUCCCCCAGGACGGCGACUGGCCUCCCGCCGCCUGCAGAUUAAAGGACUACGAGGCGCACCUUGACGAGCCGCACGCGCCUUUCGGAUACUCUGUUCGCGGUUACCCCGGCAAAAACCCCUCCACCCACAUCUAA